GCAAAAUCGUUCUCCUCUCUUCGCCACCAGAGAGUCUCUCCGUCUCUUUCCACGGCGAGUUUGCGAUCGUCCGCGGUUUGCUGUUUGUCGUCAUCUCUCUCGUUUGAAGCAUUCUUUUCUAAAUUCUUCGCAGUUGCUAGGUCUUUAUCUUCUAAACCUUACUAUUCGUCGGUGUGCUUUCGCAAUUUAUCUCUAAACCCUCGGAAAUUUCUCCUGCAAUUCUGAGCUCUUUGUUCGUCGAUCCGAAUAUUCAGUACUUUCCAUUGAAGGUUUGAUCUAGAGGUCUUGACUAAAGUUCUUGAAAAUGGAAGUGGAGAAGUCUAAAUCAAGGCAUGAAAUCAGGGAAGAGAGGGCUGACUACGAGGGUUCGCCUGUUAGAGAACACAGAGAUGGAAGGAGGAAAGAGAAGGAUCAUAGGAGCAAGGAUAAAGAAAAGGACUAUGAUCGAGAAAAGAUCAGGGAUAAGGACCACCGCAGGGAUAAGGAGAAAGAGAGAGACCGAAAAAGAAGUAGAGAUGAGGACACUGAGAAGGAGAUCUCUAGAGGUAGAGAUAAAGAGAGGGAGAAAGAUAAGAGUAGAGAUCGGGUUAAAGAAAAGGACAAGGAAAAGGAAAGAAAUAGACAUAAAGAUAGAGAAAAUGAGAGGGAUAACGAGAAGGAAAAAGACAAGGAUAGGGCAAGAGUCAAGGAGAGAGCGAGUAAGAAAAGUCAUGAAGAUGAUGACGAGACUCAUAAAGCUGCAGAAAGAUAUGAACAUUCUGACAACAGAGGUCUGAAUGAAGGUGGCGAUAAUGUUGAUGCUGCAUCAAGUGGGAAAGAAGCAUCUGCGUUGGACCUUCAGAAUCGCAUUUUGAAGAUGAGAGAGGAAAGAAAGAAGAAAGCUGAAGAUGCUUCUGAUGCUCUAUCAUGGGUUGCAAGGAGCCGUAAGAUUGAGGAAAAACGAAAUGCUGAGAAGCAAAGAGCACAGCAGCUCUCGAGAAUUUUUGAGGAGCAGGACAAUCUUAAUCAAGGUGAAAAUGAAGAUGGCGAGGAUGGCGAGCAUCUAUCUGGUGUUAAAGUUCUACAUGGUUUGGAGAAAGUGGUGGAAGGUGGAGCAGUUAUCUUGACACUAAAAGACCAAAGUGUCCUUACCGAUGGAGACGUUAACAAUGAGAUUGACAUGCUAGAAAAUGUGGAAAUUGGAGAACAGAAGCGCCGGAAUGAAGCUUAUGAAGCAGCCAAGAAGAAAAAGGGAAUAUACGAUGAUAAGUUUAAUGAUGAUCCCGGGGCAGAAAAGAAGAUGCUUCCUCAGUACGAUGAGGCUGCUACUGAUGAGGGGAUCUUUUUGGAUGCAAAGGGUCGCUUCACCGGUGAAGCUGAGAAGAAGCUAGAGGAGCUGCGUAAGAGAAUUCAGGGUCAGACGACACAUACUUUUGAAGACCUUAACUCCUCAGCAAAGGUCUCUUCAGAUUACUUCUCACAGGAAGAAAUGCUAAAAUUCAAAAAACCCAAGAAAAAGAAACAAUUGCGUAAAAAGGAUAAAUUGGACUUAAGUAUGCUUGAAGCAGAAGCUGUUGCAUCGGGAUUGGGAGCUGAAGAUCUUGGUUCUCGUAAAGAUGGCAGAAGGCAGGCCAUGAAAGAAGAGAAAGAAAGGAUCGAGUAUGAAAAACGGAGCAAUGCCUAUCAGGAAGCCAUUGCUAAAGCUGAUGAGGCAUCCAGGCUACUUAGAAGGGAACAAGUUCAGCCUUUUAAAAGAGAUGAAGAUGAGAGUAUGGUGUUGGCUGAUGAUGCUGAAGAUCUUUACAAAUCGUUAGAGAAAGCUAGGAGGCUAGCUCUCAUUAAGAAAGAGGAAGCUGGAUCUGGUCCACAGGCAGUUGCGCAUCUUGUGGCUUCCAGCACCAAUCAAACAACAGAUGAUAAUACCACCACCGGGGAUGAGACACAAGAAAAUACAGUGGUUUUUACAGAGAUGGGAGACUUUGUCUGGGGUCUCCAGCGCGAGAACGAUGUGCGGAAGCCUGAAAGUGAAGAUGUUUUCAUGGAAGAAGAUGUAGCACCCAAAGCUCCCGUUGAAGUAAAAGAAGAGCAUCCUGAUGGUUUGACAGAAGUAAAUGACACUGAUAUGGAUGCAGCAGAGGAUUCAUCAGAUACCAAAGAGAUAACACCUGAUGAAAAUAUACACGAGGUUGCGGUUGGAAAAGGAUUAUCUGGUGCAUUGAAGCUUCUUAAAGACCGAGGAACCCUAAAGGAGAAGGUCGAAUGGGGUGGUAGAAAUAUGGACAAAAAAAAGAGCAAGCUUGUGGGUAUUGUGGAUGAUGAUGGAGGUAAAGAAUCUAAGGAUAAAGAAUCUAAGGAUAGAUUCAAGGACAUCCGGAUUGAGAGGACUGACGAGUUUGGUAGAACUUUAACUCCAAAAGAAGCCUUUCGACUACUCUCGCACAAAUUCCACGGGAAGGGGCCUGGAAAAAUGAAGGAAGAGAAACGGAUGAAACAGUACCAGGAAGAGCUCAAGUUAAAGCAAAUGAAAAACUCAGACACACCAUCGCAGUCUGUUCAAAGAAUGAGAGAAGCUCAAGCUCAAUUGAAAACUCCUUACCUUGUCCUCAGUGGCCAUGUCAAACCAGGACAAACCAGUGAUCCUCAGAGUGGGUUUGCGACUGUUGAGAAGGAUGUUCCUGGAAGCUUAACACCAAUGCUUGGUGACAGAAAGGUGGAGCAUUUCUUGGGAAUAAAGCGGAAAUCAGAGCCCGGAAACUCGGAUACACCACCAAAGAGACCAAAGCCUUGAAGGACACUUUUAGAUAAUCAAAAGGUCUUGCUUGCGUCUUUGUUUCACAUUGAUUUGUCUCUGGUAAACUCUUUUUCAGGAUUUGUUAGUCUUUAGAAGAAGACAUAGCUCGCUCAUUAUAUAGAUUCAUGCUGCUGAGACUGAUGAUAUUUUGAUGAAGUUGCCAAAACCGAUCAUAAAAUGUUGAGUCGUUUGACUUAAACAAAAAAAAUGUUCACGCGUCAUCGUUUAGUUUUGGCCGCAAGGUUAAAAAUAGUGCGAAGAUGUUCUGUGCCCUGAGACAUGUAGCGAAAUGGCCAUGGUUCCGAACAAGUUUGCCUGCAAAACGGAGAAUUAUAACAUUAGACUAGCCAAAUCGUCCAUAUUCACUGAAUGCAUUCAUGUGGUAACUAUAAAAUUCAAUCUAUGUGGGAGAGUACUGAUAGGACUUACUCUAUUAUCUCUUUCCAAAAAGAAUCACUUGCUCCAUCAUCAAUAGUGUCACACCAUGGGUGAUGAUGAUCUUGUGUAAACGUUGAGUUUGAUGAUGAAGGGUUUGAAGCAUCAUGAUGAUGGUAAUCGACGAUGUCUUUGUUCUUGAUCAUCCUUUGAGUUUCUUUAGAUUCUUCAGGAGACGCCGGAACCAAUAGAGGGAGUGAAUUAUGAUCAUCUUGAAAACCGGGUUGUAUGGGGGAAGAAAAAGAGUCCAAAGGGUUAUCAAUAAUUUGGGUUUUGACCAUCAAAUUCUCAUCCUCAAGAAUGUGAGAGAAGUUUUGAGACUGACCAAAAAGAUUUUGGUUCUCUAAGUAAGAAGCUUGGCCAAAGAGAUUGGUGUUACUGUUUUGCAUAGUUGAUGAAGAAAAAGAAGGAUUGGUGGUGUUGUUAUUGGUGCUAAGGACUUGAAUCAUAGUGUGUAGCAGUUGAGCUUUAGCAAGAGUUGUUGCAUCCAGUUGCACAUUUUGGUUGAGAUUCAAGAGGCUGUUGAAAUUUGCGGCGGCUAUAAGCUGCGGGAGAGCUGCUAAAACGUUUAGAUGGUCGGUUCUUGGCCUAUGGGUCACCGGAUCAAUCCCCAUUUGGAGAAGUUUCUUUCUCAAAUGUGUGUUCCAAUAGUUUUUUAUUUCAUUGUCCGUUCUUCCAGGAAGAUUACCGGCUAUCGACGACCACCUUCCAAAACAUAUACGAAAUAAUUAAACAUUAAUCAAAUUGAUAUUAUGGCAGUGGAUUAGUCUAAGACUAAUAUAUACCUAAUAUUGUCUUGCUUUAGUCGUAACAAGAUUUACUUUUCAAGAUUGAAAAACGGCUACAGACGUAUGCACCUAGAGAAAACCAG